GGGGUUUUCCUUCUUUCUUUUUAUUUUCGACUGAAAUAAACAUUUGAAAGUUCAUAUAGGCUAAUUUAGGGAUUUGUUCACGAGAAAGGUUUCGAGUUGGAUAUUCCGCUGGGCACUGGACUACAAUCAAAGAAAGAAAUCUAAAACAUUAUUAGUAAUAUUAAGUUCUAUGGGCGUUUAAGGGUUCUUCAAACGCUUUGCGAAUCUUUAAAAAGAACCGGUUCGCUGAACUGAAACUAUCGCUAAGGAAGUUUGAACUGUAUUCGGAAGUAAUAGUGAAAACUUUUAUCUUUAACUUUUAAAGGAACAUUCUUCAAUAUGUUUUAUUUUUUAUUAUUCAUUUCAUGGAUUGUCUCUGCUGAUGUGUCGGCACAGCUAACACCAAUCAGAGAAGAAAUAUUUGAUUCAAGCAAACAGCGCAGACUACAAUGGACAUUCUCACCACCAAAUGCUUGGAAGGAAACACAAAUGCAGCUUGGAAUGGACUAUACACACUCUGUCUACCAAGCUUGUAACCCAGAAUUGAAUAAUGAUCCCAAAACACUAUGGACCAACUGGAUCCCCAAACAAGAUGCCCAAGAACUUUUUCUGGACCUAAGUUUUGCCCAAGCGGACCAACAGCCUGUUUAUAUCUAUGUGCGAGAAUCGAGCCAAACGCAGAAUCAGUACUUUAGAAGACCACAAAGACCACCUCUCCUCAAGAUCAAAGUCCAGCAUCCAUUUCCUGAUGCUGUUCCUCAGGAUAAGCACCUGACCCAUGCUAAGGGCCUUAAAUUGGGAAAGAUCUCUCAGAACGGUGUUUACCUGGGAUUUAGCUACAGCGGCAAGUGCACUAUUAUUGCUUCGAUCCAGGUGUUCUUCCUGAAAUGCCCAACACUUGUUUGGAACCAAAUGGGAUUUGAGGAAGCAGAAGCAGGACGGUUGGGGAGAGGAGCAUGUGUGAACGGUUCUGUGGAGAACAGCACCCCAAAGAUAGGGUGUCAAACAAAUGGGACGUGGGGUCCACCACAGCGGUUAUGUGUCAAUGAUACAGGAUACCAGACAAACGGAAACAGUUCAGAAGUAAGACCUCCAGGCAGCCUGUUAUCCGCUCCUGACUCCAUAGCUGAUUCCAGUCUGGGACUCUCUCCUGUCCUAACUGCUGGUCUAGUGUGUUCUGUUCUGGUUCUUCUCAUUCUCAUUGCUGUUGUGUUCAUCUUUGUAAGGCAUCGCAAGCGCAGUGGAGGUCAAGAAACAGAGCUCAUAUCCAGAUCUGAUGUAACUCGAUACCGACGUUCUCAAGAACAAGUAUACACUGCUCAACAGGAGAUAAUCAACACUUGCGGGAUGAGCAGCUGUGAUCAGAGCGGUCAAUGUAGGUCUUAUCCUCCCAGAAGUACAACACUUGGAGAGGAAGUGUCUCAGCGUGACUAUGGAUAUGAACAGCUGCAUACUGACCGACCUCAGUUAGAAUCCACAAGAUCAGUUGAGAUGUUUGAAGGGAUGAGUGAUAGGCUGCUGUGUGAUCUUAGAGACGUGAUGGUGGAGCGUACAAAGUUGACAAUGGGCCAAAAGCUUGGGAAAGGAGAAUUUGGGGCCGUCUACGAGGGCAUAUUUUCCCCUCAGAAAGGACAAGAUAUCAGAGUGGCAGUGAAAACCUUGAAAGGUGCAGUCCACAGUAAAGAAGAUCUGGAGUCCUUCCUCAAGGAGGCAGAAAUUAUGAAGCAUUUUGAUCAUGUGAAUGUAGUUAAAUUGCUUGGGGUCGCACUAAAGCGGGAUCCGGAGUCCUCUAUCCAUGUACCGCUUGUUAUUCUUCCGUUCAUGAAGCAUGGAGAUCUACACAGCUUCCUCAAAGCGACCCGCUACGGUGAUGUCCCUAUGUUUGUGCCUUAUCAGAGUCUUCUGGGUUUCAUGAUUGACAUUGCUGCAGGAAUGGAGUAUCUCAGCCUUCAGGGUUUCUUACACAGAGACCUGGCUGCCCGCAAUUGCAUGUUGGGGGAUGAUCUGCAUGUCUGUGUGGCUGACUUUGGCCUGUCUAAGAACAUACAUUCCAGUAACUACUACAGGCAGAAGAAUAUGGAUGUUAACAUGCCUGUUAGGUGGAUGGCUAUAGAGAGUCUGUCUGACUUCUUAUACACCACCAAGAGUGAUGUGUGGUCUUUUGGAAUAACCAUGUGGGAGAUCACAUCCAGAGGGAAGAUACCUUAUCCAGGUAUCUCUGGUCAUGAGCUCCUGGACUUCCUGGAAAACGGACACCGUCUCAAACAAGGGGACAAUGACAGUAAAUUAUAUGAGCUUAUGUUGAGCUGCUGGCACAGAGAUCCCUCUCAGAGGCCAGGAUUUGGAGAGCUGGGCCAGAGCCUCAAAGCACUUCUGUCUGAGCUUCCACCCCUGGAGGCCAGCAAUGAGGCCCACUAUAUCAACCUGGGUCUGGAGGCAGCCAGUGAUCACCAGCACAGCGCAGGGACCCUGGAGCGUGAGGUGGAGAGGAUGAUGUAAACGACAUAUACCUGCCUAAACCUGUGGGCGGCUUUGUUCUAUUCCAGACCUGUGAGGGAAGAGAAGGAAAAGGAUGAGGAGGAAGACCUGCUGUGCAUUACAAUUUAAUAUGAGAAUGUAAUUCGCACUAUGCAAUUAUUAAUACAUAUUUUAAGUAUUAUGAUGAGAUUUCGGUUUCACAAAUGACAUAAAAGUACACAUUGCUAGAAGUACAUGAGAUAAUUCAUAUUUAUCAAAGCAUAUGAUACAUAUUUGUGAUUCAUAUUUUUAUUUUUCUACUUCUCUUUCUACACUGUAGCCAUUACAGUAUAUUUUUUAAUUGUUUUUUAAUACUCUUAUUAUUUAAUACACUUAUUACCAUUAUAUACAGUGCCCUCCAUAAGUAUUGGAACAGUAAAGACAAAAUUGCUCUGUUUGCUGUGGAGUCAAGACAUUUGCAAAUAUGAUUAAAAGAUGAAUAUGAGACAAAAUUACAGAUUGUCACAUUUCAUUAUUAGCUGUUUUAACACAUACAUGUUUUACUGAAUAAAAAGGACAGCACUUUUAGAGUUCAUCCCACUAUUUGAUAUGAGCAUAAGUAUUGGGACAGAUGAACUUAAGGCAAGUGUAAAAGAUUAAAAGCUAUUAUUUACAUGCAGAUCCCUUGCGUACAAUCACAGCAGUGAGUCUGUGGCCCAUAGACAUCACCAGACUCUUGGUCUCAUCCUUUGAAAUGCUUUUCCCAGCUUUUAAUGCAGCCAAUUCCAACUGUUGCUUGUUUUGAGGAGUUUCUGCCUUUACUCUCCUCUUCAGCUGCUGAAAUUCAUGUUCAGUCGGAUUUAAAUCUGGAGAUUGUUUUGGGCAAUCUAAGACUUUCAAUUUUUUUGCCCUUAUAAACUCUUUGACUGAACUGGCAGUGUUUUGGGUCAUUGUCCUGAUGCAAUAUGAAGCGCUUUCUGAUUAAUCUGGUGGCAUUUUCUUGAAUAUUGGUAGCCAAGAUGGUUUUGUACUCUUCCAAAUUCAUUCUGCUGCUGCCAUCAAACAUUAAGUCAUCAUUAAAACUGAGAGGGCCUGUUCCAGAGGCAGCCAUGCAUGCCCAUGCCAUCACACCACCUCCACCAUGCUUUACAGAUGAGGCUGUGUGCUUGGGAUCAUUUGCAGUUCCUUUUUUUUCCUGUUUUUGCUAUAACCCUAAUUGACUUCCUCUUUUCUUUUAGCAUCAAAAUUGCUUGCUUUUCUCUCAAAGUCAGCUCCCUCGUCUUCAUCCUGGGUUGUGUGUGUCAUCAUCGAAUGCAAGAUUCAGAAUGCAGAAGUAAUGGAUAUAACUGAUACGACACAUUCCCUGCUUUUAAUAUCUGAAGAAUUAAUUCAACAGGACACAGCUUAGAAAGAGCUGUGAGGCAACUGUUCCAAUACUUAUGCUCACAUCAGAUAGAGGGGAUGAAUCUCUUAAAGUGCUAAUCCUCUUAGCUGGUAAAAUAUUUAUGCAUUGAAACACCCAAUAAUAAAAUGUCACAUUCUGAA